AUGGCUCUCGCCAUUGUCAACGCGUACGCACAAAAACAACAACAUCAACAGCAAUCAACAACCGACGAACACUGCACGUCGUAUGAAACGGAGGUAGAUCGCUUUAUCGGCUCGACACAGAUCCAUGUGAGAUUUGUGCACGUCCAACCAACUGUUCAAAUGAUGGACAUCAAAACAGGCUUGGUGGGAAAGCUCUUGACCGUUCAAGGCCACGUCGUCAAAGCACGUCCCAAACGACUGCGGAUCGCCACCGCCGACUUUGCGUGCGGAAAGUGCGGAGUACUCGUCACGCACGCCUUUACUGCAGGACGGUACUCGCUCCCAACCCGUUGCAGUGGAACCUCCUGUACCAGUCGCACUUUCUCUUUGGUCCGUCCCACCACUCGCUACACCAACGUCCAGGAACUGCGUUUGCAGGAAGCCCAGGAAGAGUCCAUAUCACACGCGGGACGGACACCCCGUCAGCUAGUGGUCGAAUGCGUUCAGGAUUUGGUGGACGUGUGCCGGCCCGGAGAUCUCGUCAUGCUGGCGGCCACCGUAGCCGCCGUCAAUACGGCCGUGGCCGCCGGAAAAACAGGUAAGCGCGCACAAGAAACCUCUACGUACCAACUCUUUCUGCAAGCACACUCCAUUACUACGCUCUCGGAACGAGGGAGCCGAUCACAAACGUCCAAAACGACCGCGCAAGUUGUGUAUACCUCACAGCAGCUGCAGGCCAUUACUCAAUUGUGUCACGCGGAUCAUCGAUACUUUGGCUUGCCCGAGCGACGGGCCUUCCCGUUCGAUCUACUGGUGCGGUCAUUGUGUCCUUCUAUUAUCGGACAUGACGAAGUCAAGGCUGGACUCCUCUUGUGCUUGCUAGGGGGAACACCGCCGAGUAGUUCUGGAGGAGGAAUGGAUAAGGGGCAGUCGAUCCGUUCGAAUUCACACAUUCUGAUUGUCGGUGAUCCAGGUAUGGGUAAAUCGCAAAUGCUUUUGGCGGCAUGCCAACUCGCGGCCCGCUCUGUGUAUGUAGGUGGCAAUACUUCGUCCACCACGGGCCUGACCGUCACAUUGACCAAAGAAGAGGGGGGUGAGUCGGGUAUCGAAGCGGGUGCUCUAGUGUUGGCUGACCAAGGCGUCUGCUGCAUCGACGAGUUCGACAAAAUGGCGAAAAACCACCAGGAUGGUCUGCUGGAAGCGAUGGAGCAACAGCAAGUUUCUAUCGCCAAGGCUGGCGUUGUGGCCUCCCUACCGGCGAGGUGUAGUCUUAUUGCCGCCGCCAAUCCCAAGCACGGUAGCUACAACAUGAACAAGACGGUUGCGGAAAAUCUCAACAUGGCCAAGCCAAUUUUGUCAAGAUUUGAUCUAGUAUAUAUUUUACGUGAUCGUGCGAAUAAAGAGCAAGAUCGGAUGGUGUCGAGCAACAUUAUGAAUCUUUACCGAAACGGCAGCAAUAACAAUCCCUUGAUGCAUAGCGAUAUCGAUCUUUCUCAACGAGUCAUGACCGCUGGAAACGGGAAAGUCCGGGAUUAUAUUGCUUACGCGCGCGAGUAUUGCAAACCAAAAAUGACAGCUGAAGCUGCAACUGUAUUAAAGGAUUUCUUCAUGGACUUGCGUUAUCCUGCUGACGGAGGACGCCGUCCACGGGAUACUGUCCCUAUUACCACGCGUCAGCUCGAAGCCUUGAUUCGUUUAUGUCAGGCACGAGCCAAGGCAUGUCUGCGUGACUUUGUCCUCAAGGAAGACGCCUUGGAUGUGGUUGAACUCAUGAGCAAAUCGGUUGAGCAAGUGCACCGCGACGAAAGCGGCGUGCUUGAUCCAAUACGUGGAGGUGCUGGCGGCAAAAGCAAUAAGAAAAUGAAAAAGGCCUUCGUCCAAGAGAUGCAGCGCUUAAUUGGAGCCGGAGCUGAAUGUAGCCUUGACGAUCUCCGACGGAUUGCAGACAAAGUAAAUUGCGGUUUGAGCGAAUUCCAGCCGCUGGUUGAAGACCUCCGAAGCAACGGUAUCAUUUUGAGAAAGUCCAAUGGGAACUACCAAAUUUUGUGA